CGGCGGUGCCAUGGGGCCGGGUGGCGGGGCGGCGGCGGGCCGGGGUCCGCUGGGGGCCCUGGCGCUGCUGUGGGCGGCGGCGGUGCUGUGCCAGCUGGGCAGCGGCAGCGUCCUCCGCCGCCGCCUCCACGCCGCCGGCUUCCUCCAGCGGCGGCUGAGCGGCGGCGAGCGGCGGGACGUGCAGCGGGAGAUCCUGGCCGUGCUGGGGCUGCCCGGCCGGCCCCGGCCGCGGACCCCCGCCGCCGCCCGCGCCCCCGCCGCCGCCGCGCCGCUCUUCAUGCUCGACCUCUACCACGCCGUGGCCGGCGAGGAGGAGGCGGAGGAGGAGGAGGAGGAGGCGGCGGUGUCGCGGCCGGUGCUCACCGGGCUCAGCACCCAGAGCCCCCCGCCCGGCAGCGUCGUCAGCCGCGCCGACACCGUCGUCAGCCUCGUCAACGUGGUCGAGCAGGACCGGGACAUCUUCUCCCCGAAGCCGUACUGGAAGGAGUUCAGAUUCGACCUGACCCAGGUGCCCACGGGCGAGUCGGUGACGGCUGCCGAGUUUCGCAUCUACAAGGCGCGGGGAGUUACCCGCCACGCCAACACCACCCUCCACGUUAGCAUCUACGAGAUCGCCGCUGAGCACUCCAACAGGGAGUCUGACCUGUUCCUGCUGGAUGUCCAGGACCUGCGUGCUGGGACCGAGGGCUGGCUUGUGUUUGACGUGACGGCCGCCAGCAACCACUGGUUAGUGGAUCGGAAAUACAACCUGGGGCUGCGACUCUACGUGGAGACGGAUGAUGGGCACAGUGUCGACCCGGGCUCGGCAGGGCUGCUGGGGCGCCGGGGACCCCGCUCCAAGCAGCCCUUCAUGGUGACAUUUUUCCGGGCGAGCCCCAGCCCCACGCGCGUUACGCGGGCAGCCAAGCCCCCGAGGAGGAGACAGCCCAAGAAGACGAACGACCUCCCUCACCCAAACAAGCUGCCAGGAAUUUUUGAUGAUGUCCAUGCCGCGGAUGGGCGGCAGGUCUGCCGGCGCCACGAGCUCUACGUCAGCUUUCAGGACCUCGGCUGGCUGGACUGGGUGAUCGCCCCGCAGGGUUACUCAGCCUACUACUGUGAGGGGGAGUGCGCCUUCCCCCUGGACUCCUGCAUGAACGCCACCAACCACGCCAUCCUGCAGUCCCUGGUCCACCUGAUGAAGCCCGAGGCCGUGCCCAAGGCGUGCUGUGCCCCCACGAAGCUCAGUGCCACCUCCGUCCUCUACUACGACAGCAACAACAACGUCAUCCUCAAGAAGCACCGCAACAUGGUGGUGAAAUCGUGCGGCUGCCACUGACCACCGGGCCCCAUCCGAAUCCCCAUCCCGGAAUGUCCCAUUCCCAUCCCCGCCGGAGAAAUGUGACGCUGGGUUUCUGCUGCGUGCAUGGAAGAGGGCUCCAUCUCAGCAAAGCCCAUUAACUAUGAUAAAUAAUAAAUCCCUCCCACCCCUUCCUAGAAGUGGAUGUAAAUAAUAUAAAAACCUUUAUUCUGUUACUACACUUAAUGAGACACAGUCAUAUCUAUACAUACAUAUAUAUAAAUAUAUAUAUAUAUAGGAACGAGAGGAUUUGUGGCUGGCUAUGGGUCCGUCUGUUGGUGGCUGACGUGUUUUCCCCCCUGUGCUGGUGGCCCACGGGCUGCUGCAGGCCCUGGCGUUGGCAGGGGCCGUUUGGGCUGAAGGGUAAUUAGGACACGGGAGGCAACAUCCAAAUCGUUCUGGGAUUGAGCUGCUUCUAGCCAUGUAUGCCUAACUAACCCACCUCUACCCCGUGCUUUUAAUUCCCUUAAUGAAAACACCAUCAGCCAAUUAAGUAGCUGGCUGACUAACCUGCUCCUGUUUACUUAAAGUUCACGAAACUCAGCCAGUUGGAAAAAAAAAUGGUAAAUCCAUAUUGAGCUAUGAAGCUAUGACACUGUUAUAAAAUAAAUGCCUAGUUUGGAAAGUAAACAUAGUUUCUCUUGCUGUUUGUUUUUUAAUAAAUGUCACGGCACAGCAGCGCUCUGUUCGGCAGCCGGGAUUUCGCAAGGAAAAAAAUACUUGGGAUUGGCUAAAAUUGUACCUAUUUGCUUGAAAACGAGCCCUGCCAAACCGUUGUGAUGUGAGUUUUAGGUCAGGCUGCGUCUCACCCGUGGAUGCUUCCCGUGGGCUCACAACGGGGCUGCGGCCACAGUGGCCCCGGCAGCUUCCCUGUACUACUUGCACAAUUAACUUAUUUAUUUGCUAUGAUUUUGAAAGGAAAGGGCCCGGCCUGUUUCUCAGCUCGGGUACCCGGGGAGCCUUGCAUCACUAAGCAAAUAAUGAACCUGGCUUAGCCAAAUGCAAAGGAAAAAAGUCCCAAUAAACCCACCAAAGUAACAAAGGUCUGCUCCCUGCCGAUGCCUGGCUUCAUGAGAAAAGUUCUCACUUCUUUGGAAAUUCCAGCUAAUUCCACAUAAAAUCCAGCUCAGGAUGCGAUCGUGGCUCCCUGCGUUGUGCUGCCUUUGCAGAAUGCCCAGGGCUUCCACUGGCUCCCUCACUGAGCAAGGGAUGAAGGGGUCUGCAAGGAAGGACCGUCUUCUGAAAUUUGAGCUUUAAACAACAAACAGGAGGGAGCAAGGAAGGGCAACUCUGGGUUGGUUUGUCUGUUUGUCAGGUAUCACGUCCGAGUGCCCCUGUCUCACCUUCUCCCGGCUGUAAGGCAACGCACAACGCCCAAACAGUGUGGAAAACCAUCAAGCGAGUAAGAGCAACCCAGAAACCGAAAAUCCCCGA